AUGUCACUGCCAAAACUUAAUUGUCCAGUCGACUUAAUUCUCGCUGCUGUAAAUCAUCUAGACUUUCUCAAAUCAUGUGAUCAGGUCCCAGCUCUUCGAGAUGAGGGUAUUUUACGGCAGGCAUUGUACAGAUACCAGCAUUUUUGGCUUCCGUUGGCAGCAAAACAUGGCCAGUCUGGAACGCUUGAAGCCCCUUUGGAUAUUGCUUGGAUUUGGCACUGUCAUUUGCUUUCACCGGCUGCCUAUUGUUCAGAUUGUGUCAGGUUACUUGAUGAUGUGAUUGUCGAUCAUUCUAUGGAAAGAAACGAGAAGGCACGAAAGAAAUCACUUCAAGAGGCUAAACUAAUCUGGCAAAAUGAAUAUCCCGAUGACCCUUUUGAGGUCGAGCUUAAUCCAGAAGCUGUUAUCCCAAAAUACAGAGAUGGCAGGACUGAUUUCUCCUAUGACAUAGUUUCAGCAGCCGGUAGACAAAAGGAGUUUGGUUAUCAGGUAGAAAUAAAACCUUCCUUUUUCUUUCUUCUUUUUCUUCAUUUCUUACUGAACCUGAUGAUAAUGAUAUGUAACAUUAAUCUAAUUUAUUUUUUAAUGACUCCUAUUAUUCUUUGCCUUUUCAUGCAAACAUUUUGUACUUUGUUUAACUGGUUUUUUGUCUUCUUCUUAUCUGCCAUUCUUGACAGCAACAUGUGCUUAUCUCUAGAUUUUUUUCUUCAUCCCCUGGCUUACAAGGCAGACAUGGAGAAACUCUACGGAAAAAUCUUCAACCAUGAUGACAGUGCCUGGAGGGAAGUGUUCAAUGAAAACUUUGCCAACUAUGGAGCCAUGUACAGGGGAGAGAACCCUGCAGGGAAGCUGUUUAAACUGAAGAGUGACGGAAUCCUUGGCAUGAGAACAAAAUCGGCUCACCUCGUCUUUGACAGAGUGGAGCUGAAGGCUGCGCCCAACGUCUCAGGAAAAUCCAAGCUGCAGAUCUGCACUGCUACAAACUCCAAACAGGUUGGAGUCAUAGCAAAACUUAAGGGAUCGGAGAGAGUUUGGCAGGAGAAGUCCCUAGGCUCGGUAACCUUUGACACCAGAAACGUGAACUGCCUUAAGUUCAGUCUGUAUGAAUGCACGGGUUGGGCAUUCUUUGGAUCCAAGACCUUGGUGGCAGAGACAGGCUUUGAUUUUCUCAGCGUCAUUGAGACUCUCCCCAUUGGGCAGUCCUCUGUGCAGGAGUUGAGCACACCCAGGGAUUCGAACUUACAGGUGUGUGUUGACUUCAAGGUUAACAUAAGCUCAGUCAAAAAGGGCCCAAUUCUGUUGUUCUUGAAGGCAGGACAGUAUGAGCGGGCAAUCAUGCCAGAGAAUCUGGAGAAGUUGUGGGGACCAAUCCCACUAUCACGGCUGCCUCCUGGCACAGACAAUUGGUGUGAGGUAGCAUCUCACAAAGUCCUCAACCACAGAGGUACAGCAUUAUUUACAUGUCGACUCAUUCACUCCCUACCGCUGAUGCAGUCAGCAGUGCAUGUGUUCUGCCAGGACAAAAUGGUGGCUGUUGGUCACUUAAUUGGCACUGACCAGCUGCCCAUCCCUACACAGGUUUCAAAGAGGGCAGCUGCGGUAACCUUGAACCCUAGAGCAGGUGAAAGGGCAGUUCUUAUAAAGAACCACAAGGGAGAUUGGGCGAUUGUUGUUGGUCGUUGGACUGGCUAUAGGAAAGGAGUACCAGGUGUUGCAGGUAAAAGAGGUUCAAGAGGCAAGCGUGGUGUGCCUGGCAGUCCAGGAACUCUUCACUUAAAAAUCUGGCGGAUGGAAACUGGUUACAUGCAAGAACUGAUCCUGUCUUAUGAUCAGAAAAUUUAUAGCAUGAUUCUAUCGGGAGCAGUUGUGGACCUUAAGGCUGGAUACGUUUUGAUAGAGGAUAACUGUGACGAUGUUGCCGAGACUUUGGCCUUAGCUUUCAGCAUUUCUCUGCUGCAUGUUCUCUGCCAGCCCCGUCCCAAGGGAUGGGAACCGUACAAGAGCACACAACCGGCAGUUGCUAGAGGCAUGAGAAACGUUACUGCGAUUCCAUCUGAGGACCUCGCCUUUGUUAUGGCUGCAGGUUUUCUCAUGUCAACCCCAUCCAACCACUAUGUGAGGGAGCGGUACGGCGAACAUGCUUGUGCAGGCUGUGGAGGCGGAGGUGGUGAAGUUGAAAUCAAUGACUUUGCAGACAUCGACUGCGGCAGUAUCGGUGGGGCCGAUAAUGGAAUCGGAGACGAUGGAGCUAUGGGCGGUGGAGAGGAUGGCGCUGGAUGUGGUGGUUGUGGCGGAUGUGGAGGCUGUGGUGGAGGAGCUGGCUGUGGUGGUGGAGAUGGAGGUGGUGGUGGAGCUGGGUGUGGUGGAGGCGGGUGUGGGGGCUGUGGAGGGUGCGGGGGUUAA